GGACGUCGGGUCGUUGUUUUCGCGGCCAUGGUGCUGAGCCCGGUGCUGGGGAAGCUGGUCAGUAAGCGGGUGGUGCUAGCCAGCGCCUCGCCGCGCCGUCAGGAGAUCCUCACUAAUGUGGGCCUACGCUUUGAGGUAGUUCCAUCCUGGUUUAAAGAGACACUUGAAAAGUCAUCUUUUGCAGCCCCUUAUGAAUAUGCCAUUGAAACAGCAAAACAGAAAGCUCUUGAAGUAGCAAACAGAAUGCAUGUGAAACACCUGAGAACACCUGAUAUUGUUAUAGGAGCAGACACUAUUGUGACUGUGGAUGAGCAGAUCUUGGAGAAACCAGUUGAUAAGCAAGAUGCAUAUAGGAUGUUAUCAAGGUUGAGUGGGAAGGAGCACAGCGUUUUCACAGGAGUGGUUAUUAUACACUGCAGCAGUAAAGAUAAUCAGCUAGAAACAGAAAUCACUGAUUUCUAUGAAGAGACUAAAGUAAAAUUUUCAGACCUUUCAGAAGAGCUCUUAUGGGAGUACAUUCAUAGUGGAGAGCCCAUGGACAAGGCUGGUGGAUAUGGAAUCCAGGCCCUUGGUGGAAUGUUAGUUGAGUAUGUCCAUGGAGACUUCUUGAAUGUGGUGGGAUUUCCUCUGAAUCACUUCUGCAAAAAACUAGCAGAGUUGUACUAUCCACCCCUUAAACAUACCAUACAGCAUACAAAGCAUGACUCUAUCCCUUCUGUGGACACUUUUGAGAGCCUAAGUGAUGGAGAAAGUGAAUCCUCAAGUUUCAAGGAACAUAAACGUGCUAGCAAGUUGGACAGUCCCUCAGGAGUUAUUUGUAACUCUGAAAACAGCUCUGGUGUCAGAACUGGUUCUGGGGUACCUUUGGAAAAUCAGAAUGGAGUAUCAGACAGUGCAGCAAAAGUUCCAUCUAAAAUUCUAGACCUGAUGGAUGGUUUUAGAGCUUCAAAGGCUCUGUUUGUAGCCUCUAAGCUGAAGAUGUUUGAUUGUCUGAAAAAGAAAAGUCCUCUAAAGGCUGCAGAUAUUGCAGAUGAGGUUGGAACUUCUGUGCAUGGAACUGAAAGACUCCUUGAUGCCUGUGCUGCUCUUGGGUUGCUGGAGAAAACACCACAAGGUUAUAGUAAUACAGAUUCAGCAAAUACUUAUCUGGCAUCUGAUGGUGAAUACUCGUUUCAUGGCUACAUUAUCCACUCUAAUGACCAUCUUUGGCCUCUCUUUACACACCUGGAGUCUGCUGUUAAAGAGGGAAGCAGGCAGAACCAUCGAGCCUUUGGAAAGAAAACGGAGGAUUUAUUUAAUGACUAUUAUCAGAGCCAGGAAGUGAAGCAGCGUUUUAUGGCUGCCAUGCACAGCAUUGCUCACCUUACAGCAAGAGACGUGGCUACAGCAUUUGAUCUUUCAGAGUUUAAGACUGCUUGUGAUUUAGGAGGUUGUACUGGAGCUCUGGCUCAUGAAUUAAUACGAAUAUAUCCAAAUAUGAAGGUCACAGUGUUUGACCUUCCAGAAGUCAUUGCAAACAGCUCUUGCUUCCAGCCGUCAGAACAAUGCCCAGCUCCAGUGACAUUUGUUUCAGGUGACUUUUUCACUGAUGACCUUCCAGAAGCAGAUCUUUACAUACUUUCACGUGUUCUUCAUGACUGGCCUGAUGAAAAGAUUCAUGUACUAUUAAACAAAAUAUCAACUGUUUGCAGACCAGUAAUGCCUCAAAAAAUCCAAAUCUACUCAUAGAAUGAUUUGAAAUAAAUCCUUAUUGUUGCGGAUUUCACAAGGAACUUCUUCAUCUCCUUUAUCUCUACUGCAUUCAACCUUUUUUGAAAAGACUAUCAUCAAAUUACUGAAGCAUGCACUUCUACCUGUACAUACAAGCAAGCCAAUUCAAGAUACUGCAAGUUAAUCAAGGAGAGGCAGUUGUUGCAUGUCACUAGUGUCUAGAGUAGUGGAGUUCAGAACUACUAUAUGAUGAGAUUGCUUGAAAAAUAUGUAGUGCUGUAUUUUCAACUAUGUUUUGAUAGUAUAAAAGAUCAAAGGGGAAGCCCUUUAAACAAAAAGCAAGGGAAAAGCCUUCCUGCUUUACUUAACUGAUUCCUUAAUCCAAGAGGAUUAACAGUAGCUAUGAAGUUUGUUUCGUAGGAGAGCAUUCAAAACAAGAUCUAGGCUACGAAGCAUGAUCUUGUUGCACAGAAUCUUAUGGGUAGGAAGGGACAUCUGGAUAUCGAGUCUAGUCCCAUUGCUAAAGAAGGUUCCCUACAUGUAGGUCACACAGAGGUGUCCAGAUGGGUUUUGAAUAUCUUUAGAGAGAGAGAGGCUCUAGAACCGCUCUGGGCAGCUUGUUUAUAAACUACAAAAGAAAACUGGAUGGCUAUCUUUCCUUAUUUGAAGACUGGGAUAUGACAGGAAAGAGUUGCUUGGUUCAAGUGGUAACAAGACAGUUUAAAAAUCAUGUUCAGGAAGUGGUCUAAACUUCACUGAAGUAGAAACAGUACUCAAAGCUCCACCUUUCCCCUAACAACUAAUAGUUUUUUCCAGGAAGAGAUGAUUGAAAGUAAACUUCAGUUACUGAUUACCCCUGAAGCCCAUUAAAACACUGUUUUGAUGGGGGACCUAUAUGUAAAUGUCUCUGAACAAAACACUAAAAAUGUGAAGCUAGAAAUACUACUGAAGUGCUUCUGGUUGUUCUGGAAAUGCAGGAAGUGCCUUGCUAGUGGCAGAAACUGUGCUUGAUGAGCAGAAGACACACCCUCCUAGAGUUGUACUGCAGUCUCUGAGUAUGACUGAAGGCA